AUGGAUUCGUUUGGAAUUGAUGACUUGGUCAUCGUGGUACAAAGAAGUCAUGCACUCAUCCCUGUUAGUCUUCUCAUGGCAGGGUCAACGUCGAGAUGUCAUAAAGGGUUGACCUUCCCCCCUCCCCGCUUCGAUGGAAAGGAUGCCGCCAUCUCCGCAGCUCUUGCUGCCGCUGCUUCUGCUGUUCGUGGCCUCGCUCCCGGCUCUCUUGCUGGCCAACGUCCGGUUCAGCUCCGCUACGUCGACUCCGAAAAGGGGAACUUCUCCAAGCUGGAUCUCCUCCAGCGAGCGGCGCAACGUACCUCGCCAUCGGCACUCUGCCACUGGCCUUCUCAGCCGUGCUCGACACCGGCAGCGUGCGAUCCUUGCACCCAGUGCUUCUCUCAGCCCAUGCCCAUCUACGACCCCUCCAAGUCUCGCACCUACACCACACUCCCCUGCACCGGCCCGCAGUGCCAGGCUCUCCCCGUCUUUUCAUGCUCCCCAGCUAAUUGCCAUUACAACUACUACUCCUACGCCGACACUACGUACACCGAUGGUGUUCUCGGCACCGAGGACUUCACACUCGGAGCAGGCAGCGAUCCGGUGGCCGUCACCGGCGUCGCCUUCGAGUGUGGCACCAGGAACAAGGUUGGAGCGGACAACUCAAACGGCUUGUGA